UUAGUUUCGAGACAUAAACAAUAGAAGAAGAAAAUAGGAAGUAUUUGAAAAACAACACAGCUUUUGAAAGGGAUAAACUCUUCUACAAUAAAACAAGCCAAUUACUUACUCCAUAAGACAGCCACAUAAUGAAUUACUAUGAUGAAGAGAUUACCAUAAACGGUGGUGACAUUAAACCACCCAACAGCAAUAUCAAGGUGGAGCGCAUCUCUAGCAGAGGAAGUAAUAGUGACAAAGGAAAUCCAACGGCCAGCGGUAGCUCAUUGUCACAACAGGGUGGUAUUUCAAUGGUUAAUAGAAGUAGACAAAGGACUGUGAUACGUGGCAAUUCAACGGAUGAUGAUGGUUUAUUGCAAGACAUCAUAGAUCAUGACGACGAAGAUGAUGAAGAUGAAGAUAGUGAUUUGCAAAUAGGAAAUGCUCCAGCCAUACAACCAUUAGAUAAGCAACAGCAACAACAUAAAUUAGCGAGACACAAUGAUUUACCACGUUCUCAUGGCCUUCCUGGUACUUCGAGAAUUAUGAAUUUACCUUCAGCUAAGGCUUUAGAUAUGGACACGGAACCCUCGGAAACAGAAUCCGAAGAGGGAAGUCAUCGUUUUAAGGGCGCAGCCAUGGGCCAUGCCACCACCUCGGAAACCCAAAUUUCCAUAACACCCGAUAAAUGGGAACAUUUAGCUUUGGAUCCGGAAAUUAAGGAGUUAUUCCCCUAUAUUUUAAAGUAUACUCCACAACAUAUAGAAACUCCCUAUCAUUUGCAACCUUUUAUACCCGAGUAUGUACCAGCUGUAGGAGAUGUCGAUGCCUUCCUUAAGGUAACCGAACCGCCGCUUUUAAAGCCGCAACGAUCUAAAGAAAUGCAAGAGCAUCUACAGAAAUUAGGCUUAUAUUUCCUAGAUGAACCCUCUGGCACCCAAAGUGAACCGAGUCUGCUCAAUAUGAAACUACGCUCUGCUUUAACGGGCAGUAGCAAAAAUUCUCGCUCCACCUCUGCCCAAAUGGUACCCUUUGCUAAAUCGACCAAAGAUAUCGAUAAGUGGAUAAAUGAAGUUGAACAAGUUCAUAUGUCUCAAUCUGUUUACGAUGCUCAACCCCGCAAGGAUAUUGAAAACAUGAUAAUUGACUGGCCACGUUCGUAUGCAGAAGCCACAGGCGCCGUACAGGAAGCUUAUCAACAAUGUCUAACCGAACAGCACACACUCGUCGACUACGUACGUAUUCUGUGUCAACAAUUCGCUAUUGAGGGACCACUCGAGACACAAGCGGACUAUUUAUUAAGUGCACAAACAUUAUUCGCUUUAUAUUUGGCUGCCAAUCAGGCAUGGGAAUAAUGGUUUGCGAAAUACUUCAUUUGGUUUUGCCUUUGUUAGCAUUACAUUCGACUACAAUGUCUACCACAUAGUACAGUUAAAUUUCAAAAAAAUCUACUACUUCUACCUUUAUGACCACACGAACAUUGCUACAUAUGUAUGUAUAUUAUACGAUUAACAUGACUAUCCUUGUUUAAAACAUUGUGUUUACACCUUAACGUUGGGUCAUUUGGAAAACGCAUUCAUUUAAAGGUAUUAUUUCCUCAUAACCAAUAAUUUGCUUAUAACAGAAAUGGUAAUUUAAUUUUAUACCAAAGGAUUCCGGAAAUUUGCUAAGGUUCAGUUUACACGCUAAGUAUUCGCUACGCUAAUUUCGAGGAAUCUAUCAAAAAAUAUGAAUGUUCGUUUUAACAUCUUAGGACUUUAACCUAAUAACGUUCAGGCGUUAGUCAUUUCAGUCGAUUUGUGUGCUAAAGUCAUGAAAAUUCGAUUCCUUUGGAUAGACCUUUGAUCGGUAUCGUUUUCCAUAUAAGACUUUUAAUUGGUCAGAAUCAGAACUCACUUUUUGCAUUCAGUCCAUAAAACAGAUUUAUCUUGAUCUUGUGUCCUUGUUGCAAUACCAAGAUUGAAGACUGCACUAUUUAUUUGUCGAUACCUCCAAAUUGAUCCUUAAAAAAUUUAAUUCAAGUAACAUUAUUUCUUUUCAAUGCAAAUAAGAAUAAAUUCCUUUCCAACUCUGUCACUUAUUUGACUGUUAUUGAAAAAUUUUGCGGUAUGUUUGCUUAAUUGGUAAAUAUUAUGAUGUACAUUCUUGUACUUUUUGUCUACCAAUUGUGGGGUUGUUGGGUUGUUUGUGAUUGUCCUCGUUCAUACUUAUGGACUGGGAGGUCAGUCUUUUAUAAAUUCGUCUUUGGUUCAAAAUGGUUUGUUGUGUUUAACGUUGUAGAGGGUGAUUCGCAAAUUGUUUUUCAAUGUUGUAGUAUGUGUAUGAUUAUAAUAGAUGUAAUCGCUCGG